CUGAUGACAGACGGAUUGCUUGGAUUCCCUCAGCCCUCUCUGCCUUCCCCUGCCUCCUGCACACCAGGGCUCUCCGUCACUUACCGGUCUCCUCAGCCCGCAGACAGAGGGAUUACUUUUUUUACGUGUAUUUGAAUGUGUCCACCUUUGCAUUGCCCCAUUCUAUGUAACAAUCCAGUAAGAUUUAGAUUGAUUUUUGGCAGAACCGUCAGAGGAAACUGGUAGGCCUUUGUGUUUGUGUGUGUUUGUUAAGUUUAGUUUUGCUUGGCGUUUUCUUCCUGGGGCCUUUGAGGAAGUUGGUGGACGCUCAUUUAGAGCUGCCUUGGAUCAAGCAGGAGCUUCUUCCUGCGCCUGAAAAGACACAAGACAGAAAAGGUUAGAGAGAAGAGGAGGGAGAAGGAAACAUGGGUGCGAGCAAGGAAGAUGUGGAGAAGUUCCUCAAUGGGAACCCGGCGUUUGCUACAACCUACUUUGCAAAGAAGAUGCAACCGGGCACCAUAGCGAAGGCGUCAGGACUCUCAGAGCAAAAGAUUGAUUUCAGCCUGUUCGAGGAGCUCGGUCAGGUUGAAGAGAGCCAAAUCAUGUUUGAGUUAAUCAAAGACAUGCAGGAGAAUGUCAACAUGGAACAAGUGGUUUUCAAGAUCCUGAAGAGAAUAAGCGCCCUCAUCCACGCUGACCGCUGCAGCCUGUUCAUGUACCGGCAGAGGAACGGCAUAGGAGAGCUGGCCACGAGGCUCUUCAAUGUCUCAACAGACUCCCAGCUGGACGACUGCAUUGUGCCACCAGACUCCGAGAUUGUCUUCCCGCUUGACAUCGGAAUAGUCGGCAACGUGGCCCAGACCAAGAAGCAUGUUAAUGUCAAAGAUGUCAAAGAGAACCAAUUCUUCAGCACAUUUGUCGACGAACUCACAGAGUACGAGACGAAGUGCAUCCUGGCUGCACCCAUUCUCAACGGCAAAGACAUGGUGGCGGUCAUCAUGGCUGUCAACAAGACCACGGGGCCACACUUCACUGCCGAGGAUGAAGAUCUUUUUUUAAAGUAUAUGAAAAUUGCUACUUUGAACUUGAAGAUCUUUCACCUGAGUUACCUCCACAACUGUGAGACACGUAAAGGACAGAUGCUGCUGUGGUCUGCCAACAAGGUGUUUGAAGAGCUGACAGACAUUGAGCGACAGUUUCACAAAGCCUUGUACACAGUCCGAGCCUACCUCAACUGUGACCGCUACUCUGUCGGCUUACUAGAUAUGACAAAGGAGAAGGAGUUCUUUGAUAUCUGGCCAGUGUUGAUGGGAGAGCAGGCACCUUACUCUGGCCCAGUCACCCCUGAUGGAAGGGAAGUAAUUUUCUACAAAGUGAUCGAUUAUAUUUUGCAUGGGAAAGAAGACAUCAAAGUCAUACCGAGUCCCCCUCCAGACCACUGGGCCUUGGCUAGCGGCCUGCCUGUCUAUGUUGCCGAGACCGGCUUAAUUUGUAACAUUAUGAACGCACCAGCUGAGGAUAUGUUUCAGUUUCAGACCGAAGCGCUGGACGGCAGCGGCUGGACCAUAAAAAAUGUUCUCUCGCUGCCAAUCGUCAACAAGAAGGAAGAAAUAGUCGGCGUGGCCACCUUCUACAACAGAAAAGAUGGAAAGCCAUUUGAUGAUCACGAUGAGCAGCUCAUGGAGGCUCUCACGCAGUUCCUGGGCUGGUCGGUGCUGAACCCAGACACAUACGACAAGAUGAACAAGCUUGAGAAUCGCAAAGACAUCGCUCAGGACAUGGUGCUCUACCAUGUCAAAUGCCGUGAUGACGAAAUUCAGAAUAUCCUGAACACCAGAGAAAAGUAUGACUGUGAGCCCAAAGACUGUGAGGAGGAUGAACUCCUGCAGAUCCUGAAAAAAGACCUGCCGCCGCUGAUUAAGAAGUUUGAGAUCUAUGAGUUCCGCUUCUCCGAUUUUAACUGCACAGAGAUGGACCUGGUGAAGUGUGGCAUCCAGAUGUAUUAUGAGGUCGGGGUGGUCAAGAAGUUCCAGGUUCCCCAGGAGGUGCUGGUUCGUUUCAUGUACUCGCUCAGUAAGGGCUACAGGAGAAUCACCUACCACAACUGGCGUCAUGGGUUCAAUGUGGGACAGACCAUGUUCACACUUUUAACGACGGGUAUGCUGAAGCGAUACUACACUGACCUGGAAGUGAUGGCCAUGAUAACUGCAGGUUUCCUCCAUGAUAUCGACCACAGGGGGACCAACAACCUGUACCAGGUCAAAUCCGGUAACCCUCUGGCCAAGUUGCAUGGCUCCUCCAUCCUGGAGAGGCACCAUCUAGAGUUUGGCAAGUUUCUCUUGGGUGAUGAGUCACUGAAUAUCUACCAGAACCUUAACAGGCGGCAGAACGAGCAUGUGAUUCAUCUCAUGGACAUUGCCAUUAUCGCCACUGACCUGGCUCUUUAUUUCAAAAAGAGAACCAUGUUCCAGAAGAUUGUGGACUUAUCAAAAACAUAUGAGGAAGAUAAGAAGUGGGUGGAUUUCAUGUCUCUAGAAACCACAAGGAAAGAGAUUGUCAUGGCAAUGAUGAUGACUGCGUGUGACUUGUCAGCUAUCACCAAGCCUUGGGAAGUGCAGAGCAAGGUUGCUUUAUCAGUAGCAGCAGAGUUCUGGGAACAGGGAGACCUCGAGAGGACAGUACUGGAACAACAACCCAUUCCCAUGAUGGACAGGAACAAGUCAGCAGAGCUCCCCAAGCUACAGUGUGGUUUCAUUGACUUUGUCUGCACAUUUGUCUACAAGGAGUUCUCUCGCUUCCACCCGGAAAUCACACCCAUGCUGGAUGGCAUCCUGAACAACAGGAAGGAGUGGAACGCUAAAAAGGAGGAGUAUGAGGCCAAACUCAAGGAACUAGAGGAAGCAAAAGAGGCAGCUGCAGCCGCUAAAGCUCCACAAAACAACACUGGCGGUGGUGGCGGCGGCGGCGGCGGCUCCAAGACCUGCUGCGUGUGCUAGAAAACCCAAGAGCUGUGCACAGGAUCGGCGUGCACGUGAAAGGCAUGUGACCGACUCACUUCACGAAAAACCUGAAACCAAUGAGGUCAGAGAGAAGGCUGAAUCACCCAACUCGUGCUGUUGGAUUAUAUUCACAGCAAAGUCCCGUCCAUCUUGAAGAAUCUAAAGUCUAGCUGGUUUUCCUUUUCAAAUUUAAUCUCAUCCUCUCAUCCUUACAUGCAUUUCUUUGUCUUUUGAGGAUUUUGUUCUAAUGGUGUGUAGACGUCUUAUGUAUUGUAUGUCUGUGAGUGUUUGAUUGGUGUGCGUCAUGUGACAUAUGACCACAAACCUUUAUAUAUAGCUCUUCAUUGGCUUUAAUCCCAGAAUUAGAAGAUAAAACUUGCUCUGCGUUGUAAUAUUCAUGUAUAUCGUUUAAGUGUGAACUUGCUGUACUGUAUACUAUGUCCCAUUUAACUAUUUGAUCUCAAAGAUGCAAUUGUUUGUAUACUGGCAAGCCCAAGCCACUGUAGUGUGUACAAAAUGUUUGAAGCUUCUUUUACGGAUAUUUUGUGCAUUUUUGUAAUAUUGGUCAUAGUGUUACAGAAUAUGAACCUAGAUGCGGAGAAGUUUGAGAUACACUGCUGUGUCAGUAAUUACUAUUUGAGUCGCUGUACAUAUUCUCCAAAGGGUUACUCCGUUCAUUUCAUGUUCACUCCUUCCAGUCAAUCACCAUUUACAAAUGAGAGUUUGUUUACCAUGACAGCAGACAGCCAAAGAUAGAUAAUGCUAUGCCAGAUGAACUCAGCACUGCAACACUGAGGGAUACAUUUGUCAAAAACAGUCUGGUCGCUGCUUUCUGUAAAUGCUGUAUGAAUAUUUGCAUCAUAUAGAUAUAGGUUUACUGCCAGCGGAUACGCUUCUAGAUGCUUCAUUCAUGAUGCCUUUAUACUGUACGUGUGUCUGAGAGAGUAGCCUAGGAUGUUUCUCUUUUUUUUUUUUUUUUUUUGGGAAAAACACAAGUGUGUUACGACCAAUGAAAGGCCGGUUGAACCCCGUUAUAUCACCUGGAGAUGUUCUGGUUCUAGAUGAGGCUGAUUCAUUCGAUGUGUGUUUCGACACUGAACCUUAAAGUGAGCUGAAGCUGAUUAAGAUGAAGUCCGCCGGUUUCACCUGUCGCUUUACAUGACGCACAUGUUGGUCUACUUUUGAGGCCUGAGAGUGGCAGGAGCAGCAGACUUCCUCUGUUGCAAAAACAAUGAAAAACUCCUUCGAUGCCAGGCUUUUUAAGGCUCCAACCAAGCAGACCUGUUGGAACAAAGUGGAGCAACCUGACUCCAUGCAGUGACUUGUAAAUACUCCCUCGACUCCCUUCCUUCCUGUAAAUAUCAAAACAAUAUUUUUCUAGAUGAUGUAUAGAUACUUAUUGUCCAAUUUAUUCAAGUUAAUCAUAGACUAAUAUACUCUUGAUUUUCUUAGCACUGGCAAAUGAGUCGUAGAGUAAAAUAAUCUUGUACACUCUCGUCUUGUUGGAAUAAGCUUUUAUUAUUUUCACGCUUGUCUCAAUUUCUAACUAUCCCAAAUAUGGGAUAAGAAAUGGGUGUAUCAAUGAUUAAACUACAUUGAUAAUGAUGCAGUAUCAGGGAAUAUAUGUUACCCUGCAUGUUGCAGAUAAACCCUUAAAAUUUGAAAGUAGAUUUGAUUAAUUAUACAGUGUAGUUUAGAGCUUGCCUCUGUAAACGCUCUGUCUACAGUGAUGAUGAAAAUAAAGCAAUUGUAUUUUUGUGAGAUAAA